UGGCCGGGGCCGGGGGGCGGGCAGCGGGGAGGGGGUGGCAGUUGCCUCCCGGAGGGCGAGGAGACUUUUCCACGUUGCAAAGGCCGCCACGCGCCCAGGCCGACCCGAGCUCUGCGCGGCGCCCACUGCUCCUCUCCACGUCGCUCCGAUGGCGUUUGGGGUCCGGGGUUGGCGGUCCCCGCCUCCGCCGCUGCUCCUGCUGCUGCUCUGGGUGACCGGGCAGGCGGCUCCCGUGGCGGGCCUGGGCCUGGGAUCCGACGCGGAGCUGCAGAUUGAGCGGCGCUUCGUGCCCGACGAGUGCCCGCGGACUGUGCACAGCGGCGACUUCGUGCGCUACCACUACGUGGGGACUUUCCCCGACGGCCAGAAGUUCGACUCCAGCUAUGACAGAGACUCUACUUUCAACGUGUUUGUGGGAAAAGGACAGCUAAUAACAGGGAUGGACCAAGCUCUGAUCGGGAUGUGCGUGAAUGAGAGGCGUUUUGUGAAGAUUCCCCCAAAGCUUGCCUAUGGAAACGAAGGCGUUUCUGGUGUGAUCCCCCCAAAUUCAGUGCUUCAUUUUGAUGUACUUCUGAUGGAUAUUUGGAAUUCUGAAGACCAGGUUCAGAUUCACACUUAUUUUAAGCCCCCUAGCUGCCCUCGGACCAUCCAGGUGUCUGAUUUUGUGAGGUACCACUACAAUGGAACGUUCCUGGAUGGGACCCUGUUUGAUUCGAGUCACAAUCGCAUGAAAACGUAUGACACGUAUGUGGGAAUUGGUUGGCUGAUUCCUGGAAUGGACACGGGGCUGCUGGGCAUGUGUGUGGGGGAAAAGCGCAUCAUCACCAUUCCUCCUUUCCUGGCCUACGGCGAAGAUGGAGACGGGAAAGACAUUCCUGGACAGGCCUCUCUGGUGUUUGAUGUUGUGUUAUUGGACCUCCAUAACCCCAAGGACAGCAUUUCCAUUGAGAACAAGGUGAUACCUGAAAACUGUGAGCGGAUAAGUCAGAGUGGGGACUUUCUCAGAUAUCACUACAAUGGCACACUUCUGGAUGGCACCUUAUUUGAUUCCAGCUACUCUCGGAACCGUACCUUUGACACCUACAUCGGGCAGGGCUACGUGAUUCCUGGAAUGGAUGAAGGUUUACUUGGCGUUUGCAUCGGAGAGAAGCGAAGGAUUGUGGUCCCCCCUCACCUGGGCUAUGGGGAGGAAGGAAGAGGGAAUAUCCCCGGCUCGGCUGUGCUGGUGUUUGACAUCCACGUGAUCGACUUCCACAACCCUGCGGACUCCAUCAGCAUCACCUCCCACUACAAGCCCCCGGACUGCUCAGUGCUGAGUAAGAAGGGAGAUUACCUCAAGUAUCACUACAAUGCCUCCCUUCUGGAUGGGACCCUGCUGGACUCCACGUGGAAUUUAGGCAAAACUUACAAUAUUGUUUUGGGAUCUGGACAAGUCGUGCUGGGAAUGGACAUGGGUCUCAGAGAGAUGUGCGUCGGAGAGAAACGGACAGUGAUCAUCCCGCCUCACCUUGGCUAUGGGGAGGCUGGUGUGGAUGGAGAAGUACCUGGCAGUGCUGUGCUGGUGUUUGACAUCGAGCUGUUGGAGCUGGUGGCUGGCCUACCAGAGGGAUACAUGUUCAUAUGGAAUGGCGAGGUGUCACCCAACCUCUUUGAAGAAAUUGACAAGGAUGGCAAUGGAGAAGUCCUCCUUGAAGAGUUCUCAGAGUACAUUCAUGCCCAGGUGGAAUCCGGCAAAGGGAAACUUGCUCCUGGUUUUGAUGCUGAAAUGAUUGUGAAGAAUAUGUUCACCAACCAGGACCGGAAUGGAGAUGGGAAGGUCACCGCUGAGGAAUUUAAACUCAAAGAUCAGGAAGCCAAACAUGAUGAACUCUAAACCUGGCAUGAGCCAAUUGGUGCCAGGGAGUGUGUGACCCCAAGCCACCUGUCGUGGCAGAACAGGCAGUGAGGGUGCGAGGGUCUUUCAGAAGGUGCGUCAUUAGCAAGUAGGAGGUGGGUCACAAAGUGCCUGGUGCAUACAUCGGGGUGGGUGGAUGGACAUGGUGAGCAUCUUAGCCUGACUGCCAGGGAUAGUAAACAAAAUUGGUGUAGAGUGCUUUGUUAGCACAAGAUGUGUCAAGAUGGAAAAGGUUGCACUGCCAACAUUAUUUGUGAGCGUUCUGGGAAAUUCUGUUAUUAAAGGACUAUAGUAUCACACAGAAGUUACAACCAUCUUGGAGGGAAUAGAAGAAAAAGUGUCCAGAAUGUCUACACAAAGAGCGUUAAUUUUUUUUUUCAACUUGUUGGUGUUUUUAAAAUGUGCUCAGAAGGGCAGAAGAGGCAGAGGGUGUGCACCAGCAGGAUCCCCGAGCACGACAGUGUCCUAGGCAGGCUCUGGUGACAGCCCUACCUCCUCUUCACACACACGCUGUGCUCUUCCAGUUCAUCACACCCCGUCCUGCUGCGUCCUCCCAUUGGCAAUGUGUAACGUGGAGGUUAAAAAGAGCCUCCCGGACAGAAUAAACAGUGAGCCAAACAAAAGGUGUCUCGGACCAUGGAUUCCGCCUCUGCUUACCCCUCCUCAUCCCCAUCUCUCUUUCUUUUCCACUCUAGACUGUGUUGGUUAGAUAGAUAGGGCUGGGGACUAGGCCUCACUGUUCAGUCAACAGAGCAUUUCACUUGGUUGAGAUGGAAGUGUCAUCCCAAUAGAUGGGGUUUGGAGACAGGGUGACAUUUCUCUGCUGCUCAUUUGCGUCCUGGAGAGGGUGGGCCCUGAAGGCCGAAGGCUGAAGGCUGGGGCCGGCUGCUGCUGUAGGACAGCAAGGACAGUCUACCUGCCUGCCUGUGCCCGCCUCAAGCAGUGACCACAUGACUACCUUUUGUCCUCUGUUCCUCAGUGGUGGUGGCACUUACCCCAAAGUCAUCAAGGAUUUUCCUUUUGAAACGGCUUUGUUUUGCUAAUUUAAACUAUUUUGUACUGAUGUAGCUCUGAGAUAGUUCAUGAACUUGCUGUGCACUUGUGGAAUUAAUGUUGGGA